AUGGAUGCUUCGUGGAAAUUCGAGCCCGCAUUGGGCUUUGAAUUAAGUCGCACCGCUACUGCCCUGGGUAGGCUUGCUCCGGCCAUCCACGCUCUCGAGAAGUCCGAUGUUAUGUCUCUGCUACGGGACCUACAGCGUGUUCGAAACGAUAACGCUUACUUAGUCGACUUGAUCCACAAACAGCAGCGGACUAUGGAACGUCAAGCCCAAGAAAGCGCCAUAUUAUCCCAGGAAUUGGCUAGAGCCCAAAGUAUGCUUGCGCAAAAGUGGAAAAGCAAUGUCUCUGGCUCAAAAAGCCCAACCCCCAGCAGCAGCCCUACUCCAGGAAAAGCUUUGGACUAA